AAAUGGUAUAAAGAUGAUGGAGAGUUGACCUAUGAACUAUGUGAGGAGAAUGAAGUACCCAAUCAAGAUGAUGACAAUGAAUGUUGUGCUUGUGGUCAUGCUAAUUAUAAUAUAGUCUUUCAAGGCGUCUGGUCAAGACAAACUCAUCCAAAAGGCUUUCCUCCCAAGAAAUUUAACCCGCUAAUUCAUUGGUCUAAUGUAGUAGGAGCAACUCAUUCUAGUGAUUUUGAGAUCUGGAAAUAUGGAGGCAUGGCAUCACCUGCUGUUAAAGAAGUGUGUGAAUUUGGUAUUUGGAGAACUUUAGAAAAAUACAUGAAAGAACAGAGUAGAAAGAUUCGUACAGUUGUGAAAACUAAGUCUCUAUAUGGUAUAAGAAAUGUUAAGAAAUCAGCUCAUGCCGUGUUUACAGUCAGUAAAAAACAACAUCUACUAUCAUUAUUAACUAUGUUUGGUCCCAGUCCAGAUUGGUGUGUUGGUGUAAGUGCUUUAGACAUCUGUAAUAAAAACUGUACAUGGGCUGAUCAUAUGGAAAUUGAUUUAUAUCCAUGGGAUGCUGGUACUGAUAGUGGUUCUUCAUAUAUGUCUGCCAACAAGGCUACAAUUCCUAGAGAACCCAUUAGUAGAAUAACCAACAAACAUCCCAGAUCUCAUGAUUCCCCAUUCUUUGGUCAUCAACCUAUCAAACCAUUAGCUCGUCUGAUCAUCACUAAAGAUAAAGAAUGGUGUAGUGGUGAUGAUGGUACACCAAGUUCUGCAGAGUUAUCUCCCUCUACUGACGAACUAGUCAAAUUGGAAAAAUGUUCAACAAGUCAAUGGUCAGAAUGGAAUGACUGCUCCAAUCCGUGUGGAGCUGGUAUGAGGUUGAGACAGAGAAUGUUAAAGAAUCCAGCAGUCACUGAGUCUAUGUGUAAUACUGACCUGAUGGAGAAAGAAACAUGUAUUGGAGACUGUUCAGACAGAGUCGGACAACGGAAAAAGAUUUCUGACAAUUUUGAAUUCCGAGUGGACACAGACUACAAUCCUAAUGAUAUUUGUGCUGUUACUCCAUGGUCAGAUUGGUCACCAUGUAGCGCCACCUGUGGACUGGGAAUGAAAGAAAGAUGGAGGAUGUUUUUGAGUAAAUCAGAGAAGACAUUAUCCUGUGGUUUUCAUCUGAUGGAGAAAGAUUUAUGUCGUGGUGAAAUAUUUGAUUGUAGAAAAGCCUUGAUGAUGAAAGAUUUCUCAGCUAUCUGUACUGAGCCUGCAGAAGUUGGACCAUGUCGUGGAGAUUUUGAAAGAUGGUACUACAAUAAGACAGUUGAGAAAUGUCAAUCAUUUAGAUAUGGUGGUUGCCGUGGUAAUGAUAAUAGAUUUGAAUCAGAAGAUGAAUACUGUAUGGUUACACCAUGGUCAGACUGGGGAGAUUGUUCCGUUACCUGUGGUCGUGGCUAUAUGAUGAAAACUAGAAUGAUCAAACAAGAAAGUCAAAAUGGUGGUCGAAAAUGUCCAAAGAAAUUAGUGAAGAAGAGGAAAUGUAAAUUAAGGAAAUGCCGUAAGUAA